AUGGCGGCGCCUCCGCAAACCUGCCCCGUUCAUCGCACAUCGCCUCUAUCCCCCAACGUGCCCGACGGCGACUUGCUCCUCCACGCCGGCAACCUCACCGUCGGCGGCUCCUUCGCCAAGCUGCAGGCCCAGCUCGACUGGCUCAACACGCUGCCGCACCGGCAGAAGGUUGUCAUCGCGGGCAACCACGACGUACUGCUCGAGCGCUGA